GACGUGGGCUGCGCCAGCCCAGAGGAGCGCGCGCGGGUGCUGGCGGCGGGCAUCACGCUCUACGACAAGGCGCUGAGCUACGGGCAGCAGAUCCCCAUGGAGGAGAAAAGGGGCUGGUACUUCACCAUGGCAACGCUUUUCAUCAGGCUAGAUGGCAUCUUCCUGGAGCUGGGCAGAGAGGAGCAGAAGAGGCUGCCCGCCUUCAACCGCACACUGGCCCUGCUCCGCCAAGUCCUCAAGUCCUCGGACCCCCAGCACCGAGCACCUACUCUGCGCUGGGGCAAAGAGAUGCCCAGCAGGGCCCCGGCCCUGCAGGAACUCACCCUCUCGGGGGCAGCAGAGAAUGCGCACAGCAGCCAUCAGCAACAACAGGGGCUCAGUGCUGUGGCCGAGCUAGAAACACUGCGCUGGGCCAUCGAGAUUGCCAAGGACCAACCCCCGAUCCUGAAUCGCCUGGCCAAAAUCUUCCACUUCCUGGGAAAGCAGGAUAUGGCCAUUGGCACCUGCAACAUGGCCCUGGAUAUCCUACGCGAUCCGGAGCUCAACUGGCAGGCGUACUGCACGCGGGCCAAGGUCCACAUCACAGCCUACCUUCACGACCUGGAGCGGGUCAAGAUGGGGCUCGGAGGCAUGCCCGACAGGAACCACCUGGCCUGCGCCAAGGCCGACCUCGAGGAAGUGGUCAAGGUAUGCCCAGGCCUCAAGACCUACCUGGACAUCGGCCAGGUCUACUACUACAUGGGCGUGGACGCGAUGCAGGAGCUGCUGGCGGUGGAUGAGGCGGCGCUGAACCAGGCGCUGGUGUUCCUGGCCAAGGCGGGCGAGUUGGAGCUGGGCGAAGGGGAAGAUAACGACAUUUAG